AUGGAGCUCACCUCGACCGUCUUGGCCCGGAAGAAGGCGAGGAGGAGGUCGUCGGUGGAGCUCGCCACCACCUCGUCGCUUCCCGGCCCGGGGGCGACCUUCGAUCAGCUGAAGCAGGCGUUCCACGCGGUGGGGCUGUCGGCCAAGGACCUCGUCGUGCUCUCCGGCGGGCACACGCUGGGGUUCGCGCACUGCUCCUCCUUCGAGACCCGCAUCCGCGGCUUCCCGGGCGGCGGCGGCGGCGCUGGCGUGGCGGACCCGGCGCUGCGGCCGUCGUUCGCGGCGGCGCUGCGGAGGGCGUGCCCGGCGAACAACACGGCGAAGGGCGCCGGGGCGUGGAUGGACCCGACGUCGGCGGCGUUCGACAACGCCUACUUCAAGAUGCUGCAGACCGGGCGCGGGCUGCUGGCGUCGGACGAGGCGCUGCUCACGCACCCCAAGACGCGGCGGAUGGUGGCGCUGUACGCGGCGUCGCAGGGGAAGUUCUUCCAGGCGUUCGUCAGCUCCAUGCUCAGGAUGAGCGCGCAGAACCAGCCCGGCGAGAUCAGAGCCAACUGCAGGCGACACAACUAG